AUGUCAUCUAACAACGUCCUUCAACAGUCCAAAGUUCAGCCUACCGCUACCGCUACCUCAACUCAACCUCAACCCCCUUCUUUCCUUCAAAAGAAAGGUCUACUAGGUAAUACAGGUAGAGGAGGUCCAGCCUCAAUCGUAUCUCCAACAGAUAACGUACUCUCGCCAUGUUCAGCUAAAUUAAGUGGUGCCAAACAAAAACAUUUCGGAAAAGGUAAACCCAUCUUACUCGCCAGUCAACUCUCAAAACUCGCUUCGUCAAACUCAAAUUCUAGUGUCAAAUCCGAUGCCAAGGUAGAUUUCUAA